AUGGCGACGGUGAAGGGAAAGUCGCAACCCCACGGGGGAAUCGUUAGAAUAGGAUGUUACGAAAUUGAUAGAACCAUUGGAAAAGGAAAUUUUGCCGUCGUCAAAUUGGCUACUCAUAUGUAUACUAAAACAAAGGUUGCCAUUAAGAUAAUAGAUAAAACACAGCUUGACGAUGAUAACAUGAAAAAAAUUUACAGAGAAAUACAAAUUAUGAAAAUGUUGAAACAUCCACACAUCAUCAGACUCUAUCAGGUAAUAGAAACAGAAAGAAUGUUAUACUUAGUGACAGAAUAUGCCAGUGGUGGUGAAAUAUUUGAUCAUUUGGUGGCACAUGGUAGAAUGAAUGAAAGAGAAGCAAGAAAAAAGUUUAAACAAAUUAUUGCAGCAGUAUCAUAUUGCCACAGUCGUCAAAUUGUACAUCGGGAUUUAAAGGCAGAAAAUUUAUUGCUGGAUGCCAGUCUUAACAUAAAAAUAGCUGAUUUUGGUUUCGGUAAUUACUAUAAUCAGAAUUGUUGUCUAAAGACUUGGUGUGGUAGUCCACCAUAUGCAGCUCCAGAACUGUUUGAAGGGAAAGAAUACAGUGCUCCUAAAGUUGAUAUAUGGAGUUUGGGUGUAGUAUUAUAUGUAUUAGUGUGUGGUGCUCUUCCAUUUGAUGGCAGUACAUUACAGAGUCUACGGAGUCGUGUCUUAAGUGGCAAAUUUAGAGUACCAUUUUUCAUGUCUACAGAAUGUGAACAAUUAAUUAAACAGAUGUUAACAGUUGAUCCUAUCAAAAGAAUAACAAUGGAGCAAAUUAUUAAACAUAAAUGGACGAUACUCGCUGGUGAAGAUAUAGACUUUGAUGCUUUAAUAUUAGAAAAUAAUCGUCCAUCAGACGUUGAUCCAGACUUAGAAAAUCUUAAUGAACAUAUCAUAGCUCAUAUGGAAAGUAUAGAUCUAAAUAGAGAACAAAUCUUUAAGUCUGUGAAAGAGCAGGCUUAUGAUUACCAUAGUGCAAUAUAUCACUUAUUACAAGACAAAUAUAAAAAACAUCCAAAGACAAUACAAAAGACAAUUGUUCCACAAAAUCUGCCGUUAGCGGUGGUGUCCACAGAAAGACGGUCCAGUAUUACUACUGGUAUUGUGAUACCAGAGUUUCCAGCUACUGAUGUUAAAGAUACCAAACCUACAACAUUUCCCUCCAUUCCAUCACAACUACGAUUUUAUACACCGGCAGAAGAUAGUUGUGUUAGUGAGUCUGAAGACAGUAACAGUCAGAACUCUGAUUCUGAGGCAGAGGAGCCAUCUCCUGAAGCAUUAGCCAGAUAUCUAGCAAUGAGACGACAUACUGUAGGCGUAGGUGAUACACGACAUGAAGUUCCUGAAAAUGAACGAUUAAAACUUGCCAAUCAUCAGCCCAUUAUUGCAAUGCCUCAACCCAAUUUACUCAUGCCAUUUAGUUUCUUGCCACAUAUCAAUUUGCCACAGACCAAUUUACCGUAUGUACAGAAUGAACAAAUGCAGAAUUAUCAGGGCAUAGGGGAACAACAUUUGUUACAGCCACCGGCAUUCACAGGACUUGGUGGUCGGAGGGCUUCGGAUGGUGGUGCUAACAUACAUUUAUUUAAUCGUCAGAUGUAUGGUAACAGUUUACCUGGAAGUCCUGGUAGUCAAGAAGCACUCGCUACAGUGGGGUCUCCACUUUCACCAUCUGGUUUACAUCUACCUACACCUCCACUGCAUGGCUCAAUAACAGUAGAGGAGGAAGAAGGAUCAGAUCAGGAACCAGAUCCUGAAGCAGUUCAAAGAUAUCUUCAAAACAGAGGUCACCGCCAGAGACAUACACUUGCAAUGUCUAACCCUAUGAGUGAAAUACCUGAGGAAUUACAAAAGAAAUUAUCUCUACAGCAACCUUUACGUUCAGGGCGCAGGGGAAGUCACUUAAUAGAGAGACAAGCAGCUGUUGGUAUGUAUGAUCAGGCUGCUCCUACGUGCAGUACAUUGAGAGAACCAAUAAAUUCGUUGCAUUUACCAUCGGAGAGAUUUUCUCCAGUACGGCGGGCAAGUGAUGGUUUACAGAAUCUCAGCAAGUUUCAGUCACUUCAUUUAGAAAAGAUCUACAAUCAGACGUUACAGUCUACAUCUAGAAAUAACAGUUCAACUAGUCUUAAACAGUUACAACAUGAAUGCCAAGAAUUACAAAAUAAUGUAGGGAAUCGUGAUCCAAUGAAAGAAUCAGAACUUCAGCAACAGCACUCAUUACACAGAUUUCAUCAAUCAUUACAGGGUUCAUCAAUUCAGCAUUCCCCUAUUCCCUCACCCCCAUUAGUGCCUGGGUCUCCCAGUUUUCAGCGACACAAUCAACCUAGUCAAGAACUAUAUCAACAUCUACAGAGACUGCAUCUACAAAAUCCUAAUCGGAAUAGUCCACCCACAGCCAAUCAGAGGACAGCAGACUCUCCACCUCAGAGUUAUAAUCAACUCUUCCAAGUCUUUCCACAGCCAGCUCAUCAGAGGAGCAGUCCACCACCAAAUUUAGCUAAUUUCCAGAAUCUGCAAUCUAUUCGUGAAGAUUCACAGGAUCAUGCUGAUGAGUCGCCUCGAUGUGAAAGUGAGGAUGAAAUGCAAGUUCAAGAUAAUAUCUGUGAUAAAAAACAGCAAAAAUUUGCACAAAAGCCGCAAAUCAGUAUUACCGAUACACAUGGUCAUGUGACUGAUGUGACAUCUGAUAGUGAUCCUUCAAUGGAGGACUCUGAUUCUCACACGGACACGUCACAUAGUUCACCUGAAGGACAGUUUACCACGACGACAACACACAGCUCACAGCAUCAGCCCUAUACAACACAACACAGCUCACAACAUCAGCCGUAUACAACACAACACAGCUCACAACAUCAGCCGUAUACAACAACACAGAGUAGAUCUCAUCAGCAGGCAACAACUGUUCAUAGUACUCCUGCUCAACAAGCAUCAGAUCAACGCACAGGGCAUUAUCAAACAUUCCAGCAGUCGGUACCCUUAAACUGUCGUGUAUUUGGUAAUAUUGUAAAUACAAACUUGGCAAACAUCCCUGCCGCAGAACCGGUUUGGGACAACACUCAAAUAGCAUAUCUCCAGCAACUACAGCAUUCACCAUAUAUUGAUACCAAUAAUUUUGUACAGUUUCAAAUGAAUCAGUUUUACAAUGGAGAUUUAGUUCAUCGCCUUCAUUCCCAAGAACCAAGUAUCAAAUCAAAUUCAAACAUUAAUUUGACUUCAACUCGAACUGUAGAAGACAUUCAGUUAGAAAUUAAAAGAAUCUUAUUGAAACGAGAACGAGUCAUAGAACGAGAACGCGAGCGAGUCUAUCAAUGUUCAGACACUGUUUACAAAGUGGAAAACUCAGACGUAGAAUUAGAAUUAGAGGUUUGUGAAGGGGUUACAUAUAAUGGAUUACAGGUACGACGGAUCUCUGGCGAUAAAGGACAAUACACUCAGCUUUGUGAAGAAUUAUUGUCUGGAAUCAAUUUAUAACAGUAGUAUAUAGCUAUAUCAUUUAUUGAAUUAUAACAGUAUACAUCACACAAAUCCAUAGAACUCUUACGAUUUUAUUUUAUUAAUGUCAGUCAGAUCUAUUUUGAAAACAAAAGGUUAAACUUCUGUCAUCAUGAAAAGGUGGUUCAAAAUAAUUGGUUUCUGUCUAAAAGUUCCAUAAAAUUCUCCAUUUCCUUUUAUUUUAUCUAUAGAAUAAAUACAAAGUUUUGCAUCAGCAUUCAAUAUUUGUCUAUACCAGUUAUUCUGUAUUUGGUUUGUUAUAUUUAAAUUGUUGAUCUUUUAGUCCAGUAUUUUCUUUUAUUAUUUUAAGCUGUUUAAACUAAUAAAAAGAACUAAAACAUCAAGAACUCAUUCAAAGUUAUACAGAUCUUACCCUGAGUUAAGCAACCAUAAAUUAGAAAAAUAUCUAUACUAAUUUCCAUUAUGAAUUUAAUUUUGAUCUCAUUUAAGCCAAAAAUUUCCAUAAAAUGUUAACAUCUUAAGUCUUUGUAAAUAUCAUAAAGUUGAAAGACAUCCAUUUUAUAAUAAUCUUCAUGUGACCUGCCUCUGAAUCGUUCUUUCUUUUCCAAAAAUAGUGUUUAAAAAUAAAAUUGUUUGCUUGUUUUUCUCGUUUUUUUUGUGUUAAUUUUGUAGAAGAAAGUUUUGAAAUAUCAAGAUUAAACAAUCUAAGAAUAAUUCAAAAGAUAUUGAUGAGUUAACCAAAAAGUACUUUCUUAUACUUUUUAUCUUCUUUUUUUUUAAUAAACUGUCUUAUAUCUAAACAAUUAAAGAUUGUUGGGUAAAGACUUUUGUGUUGAUAUUUUUGAUAUGUGAAGAGGCUUUUAUGCACUUUUAUGUGGCUUGCUCAGGUAAUUUUUUUCUAUGACUGGUGUACUUAAUACAAAUAAAUAUAAAAUAGAGCUUGCAGUUGUCAAAUAACUAACUGCAAAACAGCUCCACCUGGUGUUUGCUAACACUACUACAUGUAAGUUGAACAUUCCAUUUUUCACUCUUCAAAGUUUGUUUAAUAAAUUCCCCCUCAUUGUCUAUUACUACAGUUUUAUAACGGUCUGAUCUUUAUCAAUUCAUAUUUUUAUGCCCUUGCAGUAGUGGAGGGGCAUUAAGUUUUAUACUUGUUUACAAAGGCAUUAUGUCAGAAUAAUUUGGUCUGUAACAUGUUUCUGGUUCCCUGUUCAGCUAACAACUGUUAUGGGUUGUAUCUUCACUAACUGCUUUUAAAAACUUGUGUGAUCAAACACAAGAAAGUUUUGAAAUGAGUGUUUCAUAUGAUAUUGAAUAAAUUACAGCAUAUUAUUUUUCAAAGGUUGCUUUUCUUUACUAUUGUUUUUUACGGACAAAGAACAAUGGUGUUUUGAUUCUCUACGUAGUACUGUCAGAUCUGAUCGUUGAAACUGGUCGUGGUUGUACGACUAUUAAUCUUGUAUAUAUGUGAUGUAUGUUUUUAUUGUACUAUUGUCUUUCUCAGUGUGAAUGUACUUUUGUGAACAUGAUGAAUAGAAGUGUUAUAUGAUGUCAGCUUUAAAAUACAGUAGGCUCUUGUUACCUCAUACUCAAAAGUAAAUUGUCACAUAACUCAAAUCAAAAUUUUGCACUGUCUACUUUAAGACUGAUAUUACUUGUGAGGAUUCUAUUUAAUUUGAUGUAACUAGAGACUGAUAAUGAAGGCACACAUGAGUGGUCAAAGAAUGGUCAGUUUUCUUAGAUAUAGUCACAUUAUGGAUAUUUAUCAGUAGAUUUUAUGCAAAGUUCUUUUAAUGUUUUCAAUGUAUACAAUUUUCUUAUUAAUUUAAGAUGAGUUAUUGAAAAUAUCCGUACAGCAAACUGUUAAGUAAUUGAGAAAAAAAAUGUACAAAUUGAAAUUUUUGCUUUUAAACAUUUUAGCUCACCUGGCCUGGUAAAAGCUUUAGAUAAUGGUAUUUAACAUCUUAGCUUAUCUGUCAAAGUGAAAGCUUUCUCAUCUCUUGUUGUCCAUUGUCUAUCUGUUGUAAACUCUUAAAAAAAAAAAUGGGAAGCUAUAAAGUUGAUCACAAUCAUACUGAUGAUGUUUUACUUUUUGAUUGGAUUUGUAUCUUGACAACAUAAUGAUUGACAUAAUAAUUUUAUGUGUAAGGAAUGAGUUAUUAAAUAAUGCAUGUAUGCACUCUAAUCGCUAUAAAAACAGCACAGAAGUUCCAAUACUUUGAUCGUUACAGGAUAAAUAUGGCAAUAAUAAAUGCUCAGUCACAUUUUAAAUUUUGAUAAUAAUAUAACCCAGGUAAGCUAUUCCUUGAAAAUACAUUAUUUUGCUUUUCUUUUUAAGAAUUUUUGUUGUUAAGCCAAAUGAUCAAGAAGAAAUAGAAGCCCACAUUGAAAAGUAGUAUUUUUGAAUCAUGGAUAAAAAAGUCAUUUGUUAGUGAUUAAGUAUAGCUGUCUAUAUUUACUACAACAAUCAUGGUCAAAUCAAAUAAUAUUUGUAAGUUUGGCUUCGAUGCUGGAGAAUCGGUUUUAAGCUUAAUUUUUAUAUAAAAAUGCAUAGAAAGCAAAAUGAUGAACAAGAAUUAAUGUACUAAAGACUGUGAAUGAAUGUCCACAACUGGUAAAUUAUUAGUGCUACCCAUAUCCUUAGUUAUUUAUGUGAGAGUGGUGUCAAGUAUGCAUAUUUGUUAUUGUUAAACUUUUACUAUUUUUAUGUAAAUUGUUUUGAUAUAUAUUGUUAUAGAGUUUUGUGCUUGUACAAAUAUCAAAAGAUUCUUAAAUUUUAAAGUAUUUAUUAUUGAACAUCAUUGUUUAUUAUACAAUGAAAUAUGUGCUAAUUCUUCAAGCUUUUGGUACAGAUAAGUAAACAUUACACUUGAAAGCUGGUCUUCUAGUCAAAACUUUUCCUUUCCAGAUGUUUUUUCUACAUCAAACCUUAUAAUUACUUGAUGUCACUUGGAUUAAAAUAAGUGGUGGUAUUGGACAGACAUAUCAUUUUAAUUCACUUCUUACACAUUGAAAUGGUACGAGUUACUUUUAUGGUGCAUAAGAUCACAAUGACAUUUGCCAUUCUGUGGUUAUUUCCCUUUAUAUAUUUAUUUAUAAAUUUUACAUUAUGCAGUAAUCAUUGAAGACAAAAAUAAGCAACAUUUCAUAUUUUAUGUUAGAAAUCCCUUGUUAAAUUUAGAAAAUAGAAAAAAAAACUAAGGUGCAACUAACUCAGGCAAAGUGAGAUGGAUUUGGCUUAAGUUCCUUUUGGUCACACAUGAUAUAUUACUGCAGCAGUUGUUAUAGUACUAGACUAGGGACUUUUAACGACAUUGACUACCCAUUAGGGCCUUGCACAGUCAGUAAAGAUGGUGUAGUACUAGACUAGGGACUUUUAACAACAUUGACUACCCAUUAGGGCCUUGCACAGUCAGUUAAGAUGUUAUAGUACUUGACAAGGGACUUUAGACGACAUUGACUACCCAUUAGGGCCUUGCACAGUCAGUUAAGAUGUUAUAGUACUAGACUAGGGACUUUAAACGAUAUUGACUACCCAUUACGGCCUUGCACAGUCAGUAAAGAUGUUAUAGUACUAGACUAGGGACUUUUAAUGACUUUGACUACCCAUUAGGGCCUUGCACAGUCAGUAAGGAUGUUAUAGUACUAGACUAGGGACUUUUAAUGACUUUGACUACCCAUUAGGGCCUUGCACAGUCAGUAAAGAUGGUGUAGUACUAGACUAGGGACUUUUAGCGACAUUGACUCCCAUUAGGGCCUUGCAGUCAGUAAAAAGUGUUUUUAGAAAGAUAAAGGAUAUUCCUGAUCUUCUUUGACAAUUUCUCCUGUUAUAUCUGAAUGCCCCAUUUUGAUUUUCAAGGACAACUAAAUAAUUUUGGGCCAUAACAAGUCUGCCUUGCUAGCAGGAUAAUUCCAAACAACCUUUUGUUAUGGCACUUUGAUUCAGAUACAGAUGUAUAUAUGUUUUAUGAAUCUCAUUCACUGCUAUUUUGAAAUUUGAAUUCUCAUGUGUGAUAUAGAAGAAAAUUAAAUAAUUCUCAAAACUCUAUUGAGCAAUGGGCAUUAUUGGGAAAGUCUGUCCAAAAGCUUGAAGAAUUAGCGGUUGAAAAUUUGUAUGCAGUGCAUUUAAAAUGGAUAUUUGGUUGCAGUGGUACAAAUUUGUGCUUAUUUUAUAUAAAUAUUUGAUUAUAAGUAAUGUACAAACAUGAAAUGUAUGCAUUCUGUUUGAAUCUGAUAGUGUUUCACCCAAGGUGAAGGUAUGAUUGUUUAUUGGCAAUAUUUUUCUUACUGAUAACAUUAAAUGUGAAAAAAUC